AAUAGUUUAGAGAAUCAGAUAUCGACAUAUGCUAAUUUUCUAUUGUGUUCAUUUAAUUAUUGUUAUUCAUUGAUUAUUGCAUUCGUUACCGUGGGAUUUUCUAGUGAAGCGUUUGUAUUCUGGAAAUUUUAUUACUCUAUGCCUUCCAGGUAACGCCGAUAGUUUGUUUUCCCUAGAUGUUAAUGAUAACACGACUGUUUACAAAUCCGUCGGUACGAUCAGAUUAUUUGCUUUAUGUUUUUGAAGUUUUAAAUGCCAUCAAAUAAUUUUUCAACGACAAGUUUAACCUACAACCUUUACAAGUUUUUAGGCAGAAUCUGAUAGUCUGGGGGAAGGUGUCAUAAAAAAUGUUUUUACAAUUCAUGAAUAAAGGUAUGGAGCCAUCGAUCUACCAUCCACACUUUCCACCGAGUGACGGCCGCUCCUCCCUCCCAAACGAAUCGUACGUUAUAGUUAUCCAUAAUUAACGUUCCUCAUAUCUUAUGAAUGGGUGAGUCAUGAGAGAUUCAUGGAUUCCACGAAAAUAACGAUUCCUCCAUUAUUUAUUCCGGUGCACCGAGCCGGAAUAGAGAAUAAUAGAUGACAGCCAAGUGUCAGUACAAGCGAAGAUCUCAGUAAGACAUGAGCUCUAAAACGGAACUCGCACCCAAACAAAAAAAUGUCUUUCCCCUCACCAAGAGCUAUUUAGCUUUCAAUUUCAAGUGGUUGACAAUUCUAGGCAUAUGGAAUCCUUACAAAACGGGCCCAAAGUACUGGAUUUAUCAAAGCUAUUGGGUAUACGUAGUCGUUGUAGUGAUGGCAGCAAGAUUGUUUACUCUUCUGGUUCGGACAAUAAUCGCUGAAAAUGCAGCGACCUUUCUGAAUGAGUUCUCCCUCCUGGCUGUUGAACUUGUUGACACCCUCAAGUACAUUGCCUUGGCGGUUCACGAGAAAGAGGUGGUUGAGUUGUCGGAGGCCUUCAACUGGGAGAGACAGCUGCCUGGUGCUGAUCGAUUCAAGUAUUACCGGAACAAAGUGGUCACCCGAGCCUUGAGCAGCUCCAGGACCUUCACCAUAGCCAUCAUGGUAGCUCUCGUUGAGUACUAUCCGUUCUACUACUACUCCAUCUUGACCCAUUCUGACUACAAAGUGGAAAAGUUACCCGUUGGAACUCCUCCAUUGAAGUACUGCUUCAUAACAUCCAACUUCUGGGCGGCUUUCAUCUUUGAUUGGUUCACGUGCACUUGGCUCGGUCUUCUGGCUGUUGUUGAAGAUGCCCUCAUCAUGGCAGUUCUCAUUAAUUUGACAGCCCAACUGGAAAUCCUCAAUUAUCGGUUGGAAAGAUGUCACUUGACAACUUACGUACUUCAUGAUGAUAAAGACAAUUAUGAUAAGUCACAUACGUUCUUCGAACACUUCGACGGAACAAUCGAAAAUUCCUCCGAUGACGCAUUAGUUAUCGAUCCAAACGAAGAACUCAUCAACUGCAUUAAAUUCCAUCAACAUAUCAAAAGGAUGUUGAAACUAUUCGGGACUAUUUUCGAUAAAGCACUCCUACCCCAGCUGUUCACAAGUUUGUUAUUAAUUACUUUACUACUAUUACAAAUGAUAUUGGGUCAACAAGGAAAUCUUUUGGACUCGAUAAUCGCGAUGGCGUUUUUGUUCUGUGUGUUGCUUCAACUACUGGCAUUCUGUUUCGGGGGUAAUUUCAUUCUCGUUGAGAGCGAUAGAUGUAGUCUUGCUGCGGGUUCAUCACAAUGGUACAAUAUGGACAUCACAUUCAGGAAGAAUAUGAAGAUAUUCCUUGGGGCUGUCAGGAAUCCCAUUAUAGUCAGCGCUGGAGGCCUAGUUGACUUGUCAGCUGAAACAUUCAAAAAUCUACUAACGAAGGCGUACUCGGGGUCAGCCGUGCUGCAGAACGUCAGCAGUUGAAGCACUUGGAUUGAAAUAAUCAUAGUCAUUUUAUAGCUAUUCAUUAUUAUAUUCAUUAAGUGGAUCAGAAUCCUCAGCUCAUCUAUCACACAUACACGGAGAGAAAUAUUCAAGAAAAAUUACGGAAUAUCUGAGAGGAUUUUAGGUUAAUUUGUAUAGAAAUGUAAGAGAAAAACGUGAAACGUUCGGUAAAUUUUCGCAUCUCCCACCAGAAGAGACAGAAAGAGUCUCAGUCUUUCUGUUAAACUGUUUAAACUUAACAACAAUUUCACGAAUCAUUAUGUUCAAAAAUUCUUACGUAACAUGUCGUUGAUUUUGUGGGUUUUUGUCGGGUAAUUCUUAUCGGAUUUUUCUCUCCGUGGAUCUCGCAUUUUACAUGAGAUGAAAAUAUUUGUAUAUCGCAGAAUAUUUUAAG